CUUUAUCUCGUUUUGUCCGCUGAUUUUUACUUGUGUUCUUUGCUACAUUUCUAAAUUACGGCUUAGAUAUGACUUCAGUUCAGUUCGGAUCUCGUGUAGGAUACGUAUUCAAUCGUGUUGUUUUUCGAACCAUGCGGUCAUAAGUCUGUCUUGUUUUAAGCCAACGUUUAGUUAGGACUACUGGGUUUACAAUGGAAGCUAACGGAUCGUGUUGCUGCUGCUUGCUGCGUCCGCCGGUCAGGGGCAUGAGUACGCCGUACGUGCGCCUUGGAGUUACGGAGAUAUAUUCGGAAAUGCUCGCGGAUUGCUUUGAUAUACGAGCAAUAAUUGGCAACAACGAGAGUGGCAUCUGCACUGCAUGUGUAGACCGUCUGUUGGAUGCAAGUGACUUCAAAAAACAAGUGCAGUGCAGCCAGGCAAAACUGCAGGAGCGCGCUGAUGCUCUACUGGAUAUAAAAGGUGAAGAAAUAAAAUUGGAGAUAACAGAAGGUAACGACAUCAGUGGUGGACUGAUAUUAUAUGAGCCGCCCAAGUUGGAGGUGGAAGAUGACGCGAACGAUUAUGAUACGCUUUUUACAUACGACGAUAACAAAAAUUGUGCGCCGUAUGAGCCGGAGCCGCCUUUAAGCGCAGAAAUGGCGUGGACAAGUUAUUCCGACAGCUUCGAGCCUUCUAGCUACGACGGCGCGAGCGCGGACCAGGAAACAACUAGCCGUCGACCUAUUCUCAUAACACGUGCUAACCAGUCACACGCUAAUUCAAGAAAAAAAACACAUACAAAGGAAAAUACUUCUAGAGUCUGUAAAAAACAGGUGACGCGCGACGCACACCAAUACGAGAAAGAAAAUGAGACGAUAUAUCCUCUACGUAGCAAAGUCAAGUUCGAACAUAAACCCAAACCGAAUAAUGAUUAUACUAAUAUCUACGCAACGGGACCAUACACUUGUAAUAUCUGUUACGUCGUAAUGACCACCAGACGUUCUAUGGCAUGCCAUAUGGCAAUUCACACCGAACCUAAAUCUGAAAUAUGCGAAAACAAUACGUGGGACUGUGACAAGUGUGAUAAGAUAUUUUCUACAAAAAAUGCCAUGAAUAGCCAUAUGAGAAAUGUACACUCGAAAAAGACAUUCAGAUGCGACGUGUGCUCGAAAUUAUUUAAUAGUCUUCGGCAGAUGACUAAACAUAAAGUAAUACAUACUGAACGGGAAAGGAAUUAUUGUUGUGACCAAUGUGGACAACGAUUUUUAACAAAUACAGUUCUCGCUUGUCACAAACAGUGUCACACGGGUGACAAACCGUUCACUUGCGAUAUUUGUCAAAAGAAAUUCCGGAAUAAAUAUAGCAUGAAAGAGCAUGUCUAUACACACAUGGGAUUUAUGCGUUACACAUGCAAUAAAUGUGGGAAAAAAUUCACUACUUCGUCGGGUUGCAGAAAGCAUGAUUUAUCUCAUCAUAAGAACACUAUCACAGAGAGGGCGUUUUCGUGUGAAAUAUGCAAUAAGCAAUUUAUGCAUAAUCACCAUUUAAAGAGACAUAAGCUAUUGCACACGGGCGAGAAACCAUACGAAUGUGAAACAUGCGGGAAGCAGUUUUCUGUUAAAUUUAAUUUAGACACGCACAUGCAAACUCACGUCAAAGGGACUUACUCCUGUGAUGUUUGUUCUAAAACAUAUGCGACCAAAGAGAGUUUGAGGCAACACAAAAGAGUUCAUUCCAGAGACAAAGUUAAAAAAAGUGAAUAACAGAUGAUAUUUUUUUGUAAAUGUUCAUGAUGUAAACAAUUUCAUAAACUUAAUCUUUAUUAUAAGGUAUCUAUAAUAAACACUUUUAAACGGA